AUGGUUACUGGUUGCCUAGGACAAGAUCGACUUUUCCUAUUUCGUAUCGUCUUUACAAGCAUAAGUUCUAAACCAUUGUUCCCUACGAAUUCUACGUUGCCGAUCCACUCCCCUCUCACAACACUCGCCCUCGCAUCCCUCAACCUCUCCCAGUCCCCUGCUCCAAAACUAAACAGCUUCACGCUCAAAACCUGUCUCAGCAACCGUCACGAAGCUGUUCUCCUUCGAGAAGGUACCGCGGAAGGGAAAUUCGAUACCACGUGUCCGGAUUUUAAGAUCGUGGAUCAGACUUUGAGGGGGGAGGGGGUUUGUGGACGGUGUAGACGGAGGGAGGAACGGCAGGAGGAGAGAAGAGAGAUAGCGAUGAGAGAGGGGAAGGAGAGGGCGGGGAGCUGGGUUGCUGAUAGUGGCGUGCAGGGAGGUUUGGUUGUGGAUUAUAGAGGGGAGAUUGUGGGUUUGGAGGGGUGUGGCAUGGAGGGGUUGGAAAAGGGUGUUGGAGAGGGGAAGAGGGGUGUAAAUCGUAUUCAGUCCGGCGAUAUGGAUGUUGGAGGUCAUGGUUUAGAUUUUGGAGGGGAUGAGAGGGAGAAAAGAGUUAAAGAAGAACUAAGUGGCUUGGAAAAGGAAUUAGGAGAUUUGGAACGGGCGAUGGAGAAGGAGAGGGAGAAUAGUUGA